AUGCAAAGAUCAUGGAUAAUUCAGUUUGUUGCUUGCUUAUUCCUGUUGCCUCUCUAUAUAUUUGCCACUCCAAUCCUAAAACUCCUUGGACAACGAAAAGAUGUAGCAGAGCUUACCGGCAAAUUUACUAUUCGAGUUAUUCCUCAAAUGUUCUCAUUAGCCAUCAAUUUCCCUACCCAAAAGUUCUUGCAGGCACAAAGCAAGGUUGGAGUUUUGGCAUGGAUUGGUUUUGCAGCUUUGAUCAUGCACAUUGGAGUGCUUUAUCUCUUCGCUAACGUAUUCAAGUGGGGGUUGGUUGGUGCUGCCAUUUCUUAUGACGUCUCUCAGUUUGGGUCAUUGCUUUGGGUCAGUUGGCUAUGUGGUUGGUUGGUGCAAGGAAGGAAGGACAGGAUUGUCUUAGUUUGCCUUCAAGGACAUUUGGGCCUUUGUUCGGCUCUCUACAGCUUCAGCUGGAUCCUUUUCCUGCAGAUUUGGUAUUUUAUGGCCAUAAUUGUUCUCACUGGACACCUUGAAGAUCCUAUCAUCGCGACUGGGUCACUUCCCAUCUGGUGA